AUGCACAGCAGCAGGCAUAGCAGCGGCUGGGCGAGGGCAGUCCGGAGCAUUGGCCGCGCAGUCAGUGACAUGCCCAAGACGGUCUCUGUGCAGCGACAUGGACGCUCUCCAUCGGCGACGCGUGUGGAGACGGAGACGGGGACAUGGAAGCCACCUUGCGUUUAUCGUCGACGUGCCAGGAUCACCGCGGCCAUGACGAGGGCGAGCUUGGCGCGGUCACUUUGUCUUUUUUCGGAAUCACGCCGCCGCGCAUCACCACCACCGCCCACCACCACCACCGCGCUCAUCGAGCCCAUCGCGCAGCAUUGCCCCAUCGUCUCGUGCCUCGCUGUAGGGUCGACGAGCUCCUCCAGCGUCGUCUGUAGCUGCACCCCCCCUGAACCGCCCACGUCCCCCCCCGCCAUGCUCCCCCGAGCAGCGUUCCGUGCGCUGCGCACCCGCCCUGGCCUGGCAGCGCCGCGCACAGCUGCCCUCCCCUCGACGGCGCAGUGGACGCGCGCCUACGCCAAGGUCGGCAAGCCCAGGACGAACCCCGUGCUCGCCGACGAGCAGGACAAGACGCGGCCGAGCCCCGUCAUCAACGCGGCCCAGCAGCCCGAGUUCACAGAGACGGCGAGCGCCCCCGCGGCCAACACGGCGCCCACCACGUCCACGCCGACCACACGGCCGCGGCCCGCGAGCGCCAACGCGACGGUGAACCAGGCAGCCGAGCAGGCCCACGGCACCGCGGAGGAGCUCGCCGGCCCCAAGUCGCCCGCCGCGAACACGGAGCCCACCACCGAGUCGCCCGAUGCGCCGCCGCAAGAGCCGCAAGAGCCGCAGAAGCCGCUGCCUGACCUGCGCUUCGGCAUCCCGUCGACGUUUGCCGCCGAGCACGAGGCCGAGGGCAACGCAAAGCGCGACCCCAACGACCCCAACGCCAGCGACGGCCCGGAGCCUGCCUUCGGCGGUGCGGGCGGCCGCGAGCUGCCCAAGUCGGCGUACGAGACGAGCACCGACCGGCGGCGGAACCGCGUGGCCAACUGGGGCUACCUCGCCUCGCUGCUGUUUGGCACCGUCGGCGCCGCAUACAUGGGCCGCCCGUGGGAGACAGACGAGGAGGCAAAGGCGCACCCGGACAUCGCCAACGGCUGGACGCCCGCCCUCAUGUACGCCCGCGCCGCCGCCCGCGUCAACGGCCAAAAGGCCUACUACACCGAGCCCACCUUCCAGAAGCUGCUGCCGGACAAGGACAAGAUCCCCGGCGGCGCCCCCGAGCUGACCCUCGUCCUGUCGCUCGAGGACCUGCUGCUGCACUCGGAGUGGAGCACCAAGCACGGCUACCGCCUGGCCAAGCGCCCGGGCCUCGACUACUUCCUGCGCUACCUCAGCUCCCAGUACGAGCUCGUCAUCUUCACCUCGGUCAAGUCCAUGGACGCCGACCCCAUCAUCCGCAAGCUCGACCCCUUCCGCCUGGUCAUGUGGCCGCUGUUCCGCGAGGCCACGCGCUUUGAGAACGGCGAGUACAUCAAGGACCUCUCCUACCUCAACCGCGACCCCUCCAAGGUCAUCAUCAUCGACACGGACAAGUCGCACGUCCAGCUGCAGCCCGAGAACGCCAUCAUCCUGCCCAAGUGGAAGGGCGAGCCCGGCGACAAGGGCCUCGUCGCCAUGAUCCCCUUCCUCGAGUACCUCGCCAUGAUGUCGCAGACGGGCCAGCCCCUCGACGUGCGCCAGGUCCUCAAGUCGAUGGAGGGCAAGGACAUACCCACCGAGUACGCCCGCCGCGAAGCCAAGCUGCGCGAGGCCUUCCAGCGCGACCUCGCCGAGCAGAAGAAGAAGAGCAGGGGCAGCGCCGGCGGCAUGUUCAUGAAGUCGCUCGGCCUCGACGCCGCAAAGUCGCCGGGCAUGCAGCUGGGCGACCAGAACAUCAGCCAGGGCAUGAGCGAGGGCAAGAUGAUGAUCGACAUGUACCGCGACUUCAACAUCCAGAACUACCAGCACCUCGACAAGCAGAUCCGCGAGAACGGCGACCAGUGGCUGAAGGAGAUGGCCGACGAGGAGAAGAAGAUGCAGGAGGCCGCCAUGAAGGACAUGAAGGCCGGUGCCUUUAGCUGGCUGGGUGCCGCCCCGCAGAGCGCCACCGUCCCCUCGGCCGCAUCCGCACCAGAGGCCGUCACCGCCCACGCCGGUGUGCCACCCACCGAGACCAAGUAA